CGUCCCUCUGGGGAGAAUACCUCUUUGAAAAUAGGCCAUUCCAGUCUUUUUCAGCAAGCUUCUGAUUUAACCGGCGGAGUUUAUUUACAAAUUCCCAGACCUGCUAGUCUACUCCAGUAUUUGAUCUCUGUAUUUCUUCCACGACCUGAAAUAAGGCCAUAUCUGCUUCUUCCAAACAAUCGAUCUGGGGGAUCAGGUGGUGGUGUUGACUUUAGAGCUGCGUGCUUCUGCCAUCGACAGCUUGUGGACAUUGGCUACGUUUGUUCUGUUUGCCUCUCCGUCUUUUGUGAAUUCACUCCACUUUGCUCAACUUGUGUUGUCAUAACUUAUACCUCUAACAACUGGGCUCUUUUGUUAUUUUAUUUUAGAGAAUUUAAUGUAAAUAUGAAACGCAAAAUUUGUCCGCUUUCAAAUCCCCUCGAAUCCGAUGAUAAAUCUCCAAAAGCGAAUAAAUACGAUGGGCCUGGAUGGGGAAUAAUGCUUAAAUCAAACUAUGAGAAGGGCACCGGUCUUGGUUCCAAGGCCCAAGGGCGUAUUGAUCCUAUUGAGAUGAGUCUGAAAAGAGGACGUGGUGGACUUGGCCUUGCCGAAGAUAUUCAAGAAAAACGGUUAAAACUUCAAUCUAGCAGCACAAUUUUUAAGCCCUCUAUUGAAUGGAUUCCAGAUAAUGAUGCUGAGCGUCCCUUGGAUAGCGACCAGCUUUGGAAAUUCACUCGAAAAGACUAUGGACACCAGGUGCUGCAGGAUUUAACAAGACAGGUUAUGGGAGAUCCGUCUAUUCUUCUUGACCCCUAUGCUACUGAGGCACGAGGCGAUGCAAUAUUGGAUAUGUAUUCUCAAAACGAGUUUUGCUCUGAUCGUCUAUUGAAGGAGGUUCUACACAAAAAGGUCAUUUAG